AACACAUAUUGUCUUAAAGCAUAGUGCUCUCUCUUCUCUUCUCUUCUCUUCUUUCAAAACUUCAAAAACAUCACAUUUGCCAGCAAAAAAAUGGGCAGUCUAGGCAAAGAGCAGCUGCAUGUCUUCUUUUUCCCAUUCAUGGCUCAUGGUCACACCAUACCAGCCCUGGACUUGGCCAAGCUAUUCGUUUCUCGCGGCGUAAAAGCAAGCAUUGUCACUACUCCUCUCAAUGUUCCUUAUAUUUCCAAGGCCAUAGCAAAUACUGAUAUUGGUAUCCGAACCAUCAGAUUCCCUUCAGUCGAGGCCGGAUUGCCUGAAGGUUGCGAAAACGCAGACGGAAUAACCACACAAGGAGCGGAAGGUCGAGGCCUGGUUGAGAAAUUUUUGAAGGCAACAACAAUGCUUCAAGAGCCUCUGGAGCAGCUUCUGGAGGAGGCUCGUCCUGAUUGCAUUGUAGCCGAUAUGUUCUUUCCUUGGAGCACUGAUGCUGCAGCCAAAUUUGGGAUUCCAAGGCUUGUGUUUCACGGGAUUGGUGUUCUUGCAUUAUGUGCAGCAGAGUGUGUGAGACGGUACGAGCCGUACAAGAAUGUUCUGUCAGAUUCUGAACAAUUUGUUCUCCCUGGUCUUCCUGGAGGAUUCAAACUGAUAAGGAAUCAGGUGCCAGAUCAUGUGAAAAAUGAUGUCGAAAAUGUAUUCACUAGAAUGAUGAAAUUAGUCCUGGAAUCGGAAACGAAGAGCUUUGGGGUUGUGAUCAAUAGCUUCUAUGAGCUUGAAUCAGCCUAUGCUGAUUAUUACAGGAAUGAAUUGGGAAGGAACGCAUGGCAAGUAGGCCCUGUUUUGCUCUGUAACCAGAAUUCUGAAGAUAAACAACAGAGAGGAAAAGAAACCGCCAUUGAAGAACACGAAUGCUUGAAAUGGCUUGAUUCAAAGAAACCCAAUUCAGUAAUUUACAUUUGUUUUGGUAGUAUGGCCAAUUUCAGAGCUUCUCAACUGAAAGAGAUUGCGAUCGGACUUGAAGCUUCGGGACAGCAAUUCAUAUGGGUUGUGAGAAAAGGCAUAGACCAAGAAGAAGAAACAGAAGAAUGGCUUCCAGAAGGAUUUGAAAAGAGAAUUGAAGGCAAAGGACUGAUCAUACGAGGUUGGGCACCACAAGUGUUGAUUCUUAAUCAUGAAGCAGUUGGUGGGUUUGUGACACAUUGCGGAUGGAAUUCAACUCUUGAAAGUAUAUCCGCUGGGGUGCCUAUGGUGACAUGGCCGGUGGCGGCCGAGCAAUUCUAUAACGAAAAGCUUGUGACAGAGGUACUGAACAUUGGAGUUGCAGUUGGUGCUAAAAAAUGGGUGAGAAUGUAUGGGGACUUUGUCAAAAAUGAAGCUGUAGAGAAGGCGGUGAGUCGAUUAAUGGUGGGUGAAGACGCAGAGGAAAUGAGAAGCAGAGCUAAGGUUCUUGGUAAGAUGGCACAAAAGGCCGUUCAAGAAGGUGGUUCAUCUUACAAUGAUUUGAAUGCUUUGAUUGAUGAGUUGAGGUUGCGCCGCCAUUGAAGCCUGUGAGAAGUAACAAAACGUUGAUGUUCAUCUUUUAUUGUAUUUUGUUAUUGGUAACACACGAAUUGUUUUUCUGGUUGUUGUUUACAUUCAUAGUAUUUAUGAUUAGAUCCACUCGAUGACCUUUUUUGGCAUUUAGGAGAACCCGACUCUUCUGUUCUUGUUUUUCUUUUCUUCUUCUUUGAUGAAAUGAUAAAGAUGCAGCGGUUUCAAUUA